UUUCCCUCAGUGACAGCCGCUGUCAGAGACAGCAGCAAUCGCUUGAGAAAUUAAAUUAUGUCUCAGAUAAGAUCAGGCAUUUGCCUCUCCAAAGAGCACCCGAAGCGUCAGCCCAAGCAACAAGCACCCAAAGGUUGCUGCUGCAAGCGCUCGCAAUGCAUCAAGAACUACUGCGAUUGCUAUCAGUCCAUGGUCAUUUGUUCCAUCUACUGCAAGUGCAUUGGCUGUCGCAAUACUGAGGAGCGACUGGCGGUGGCGACGCCGCCCAAGAAAACAGCACUGGCCGCGAAACGGGAACGAGCCGCCGCUCUUAGUGCCAAGGCAGCGGCUGCGGCCGCCAAGGCGGGCAUCAACAUCCAUUUGAAGCCGGCUCCUGGCUCGGCUGCUUUUGCUGGACAACAAUUUGGAGUGGGUGCUGCGCCACCAGUUGCAGCUACACCGUCACAAAUUUUACAGCUGCCCGACCUGGAUAUUGAGACAAUCAUCACAUUGCCGCCACCAAAUGUGGCUGCUGCUGCUACUGUCAAGAAGCAGCCGUCCCAACCGGCAAUGGGGCAAUCACUGCACAUACCAAGCCCAGCCUUGACGCUGCCAAAGGAGGUGAAUGUGUGCAAGCAUCCCGUGAAUGUGGCGCUGCUCGAGUGCAUCCUAGUUCAAGCUGCCGAGGCAGAGGAGCUAGGCCUCACCGAAGUGCAGGUGGGCAAAGUAAUACUUCACGAAUUCUUGCGCGGACUGCAGACCAUCAUAAAAGUCUAUGACGCUUGA